UUCACUUAUUCGCGAUAAUAAGUUAAGAAUAAUUAUAAAAAAUUUGGUAAAGCAAAAAUUCGUCUUUUUGUUAUUAUAAGGCGAGGAGAAUUGAAAUGCCGAAAUAAGGGUUGCUGAACCUCCCUCGAAAGUGGGAGCUGAGAUGCUGGACUGAGGCGAACGAUCUUGAAAGAAGUAUUUGAAGGAUGGGGCUAUACGUUCCAGGAGCGGUAGGAGUGGCGACUUUCUAUGCUUCAAUCCUAGGGGUUGGAAUAUGGGAAGCGACGGUAAAAAAAAGAAAAAAUCACCCAGGCCAGGACCAAAUGCUACUGGGAAACAGAGAUCUCGGACUUUUCUAUGGAGUUUUUUCCCUCAUAGCGACAUGGGUCGGUGGCGCCUUCAUGAAUGGAACUGCUGAGGCAAUGUUCACGAGAGGUUUGGCAUGGUGCCAGGUUCCCAUUUGCUACAGUCUCAGUCUUCUUUUCGGUGCUGUAAUUUUUGCAAAACCGAUGAGAAAGGCUGAGCAUAUUACAAUGCUUGAUCCACUGCAGCAACGAUAUGGUGCCAAGGUGGGUGGUUUAUUGUUUCUGCCGGCACUCUGUGGUGAUUUGUUCUGGUGUGGAGCAGUAUUACGAGCUUUGGGAAGUUAUCUCUCAAUAGUCGCUGGACUAGACGCAUAUCUCAGUGUUUGCGCCUCCGCCUUCUUGGCAGCCAUAUACUCCCUUUUUGGCGGAAUGUACUCUCUUGCGUGCACUGAUGCUUUGCAAUUAAUUUGCAUAAUGCUUGGUCUCGCAAUUUCCGCUCCUUACAUUAUAUUCCAUCCUGCAGUUUCGCUUGAAAAAAAUCUGGGUCGGCAAGAUUGGUUAGGUGAAGUUCGAGAUGAAGACCUUGGUUUAUGGGUCGACGGAUCACUUUUGUUAAUUUUUGGUGGAAUCCCCUGGCAGGGUUACUUCCGUCGAGUCCUGAGUAUGAAAAACGGUUCGAUGAGCAGAACUCUAUCGAUCACUUCGAUGAUCGGAUGUCUUGCUUUGGCCGUUCCUGCGGCUUUAAUGGGGGUUGUAGCUCGUGCUACAGAUUGGUAUUUAGUCGAGGGGUAUAAUAGAACCAUGUCGACGGAUAACGGAAAUGCAAUAUUACCUCUUGUAUUAAGGCUUUUGACUCCACAAUGGGUCUCCUUUAUUGGCUUAGGUGCACUUGCAGCAUCAGCCAUGACAUCAGCAGAUUCGAGUAUUUUAUCAAGUAGUUCUAUGUUUGCCAGAAAUGUCUACAGGUUCGCCUUAAGACCAAAGGCUUCUGAAAGAGAAUUGAAAUGGAUUCUGAGAUUCGCAGUGAUCGCUGUGUGUUCUCUUUCAGCUACAGUUGCACUUUUUGUAGGAAGUAUUUACCGCAUGUCAUUCUUGUGCUCUGACCUCGUAUACGUUAUCCUUUUUCCUCAACUUCUGGCAGUAAUUCAUUGGCCAUCGCUUGUUGAUACUUAUGGAUGCAUUGCUGGAUAUUUAGUUGCCAUUGUACUACGAAUAGCUGGAGGAGAAAAGGCUUUGGGUAUUCCUAUAUUUCUAGAAUACCCCUACUUUGAUCGAAAAACAAAUACUCAGAAGUUUCCUUUUCGAACUGCGGUGAUGUUAUCGGCUCUCUUCACUCAACUUUUUGUAAGUUUCUUGACAAGAAACCUUUUAGGAAAAGGAUAUUUUCCAAGAUGUUGUGACGUGUUGAGUGUUUACACAACAGGGAAGUCAAAAAACCAAGGAGUAGUACUGAGUAACUCAGGAGCUGCUUUAGUCGACUCUGCUAUAAAUGAAUCUUCAAGUGGACCGAGUACUUUAGACGGUGAUAGAAAUAAUUCUAGCCUGACAGUGAGCGGUCAAUUAGAUCGUUACGAAACCGCCAACGAAUUCUAUCAGGCUUCGAAUAAAAGCUGCACUGAGGAGAAAGCGAAUCAAAGUUCGCGAAACUUGCAGAAUUUGCAAGAAUCCGUGCGGUCGCCCCAUCGAUUGAAUCCCAUUUCCCAUCCUCCUGUGAACAACCACAGUGGUCAGAUUCUUGGUGUGAAGAAUUUGACCAAUUCGUUGGGUCAAUCCGUGAUACCCUGCAAGGAAAUGAAAUCGGAAAAGCCAAGAGAAAACGAAAAAAUUGCUGAUAGGAGUAACAUGGAGUUGAAUUUAAAUCUUCAUGAUGGAACUGCAAUUUUAAAGAAGAGCGUUAAAGGGGUCAAGCUGAUAGGAAUGGAAGGACCUUCUUUGCAGGGAACAUUUUCACCAACUCCUUCAGUGGAAUUGGUUCACAUCCUGGAUAGAAGACAAAGUGGUGGUUCUUAUGGGGGUCCCAGUUCAUUGUCUCCAGUACCAGGCGUGGAAGCCUGCAAAACGCAUGGUACUGCCAUUAGUGGUCAAGGAGGAAAUGAACAUUGCAGAAUCAAAAGAGCCAUCGUCAGGCACCACAGUUUCAACGACACUGGGGAUCGAGCACUAACGACUCUUUCUAGACAACCAAAUUAUCCAUCAAUGCCCCUUCGCACCGAAGACUGUCGCAUGACUCUGAGGAAAGAGAAGAGGCCUCAUUCAGUAAUGACUCGUUACUCAUCCGUCAUGGAUGAAAAGAGCAUGCACAGUAGCAGUUUUGGGCCCGUUAUUAGUCCCACGUGUGGAAUGUACAAUUCAGCGGUCAAAAGUUGCAAUUACUUCUUUGCUGACGACGAAGCAGUUAGCAGGUUUUAAAGGUCACUUUUUAUUAUAAAAACCAAAAUUUGGUCAAAUUAUAAGCAACGAAGA